AUGUGGCCCCAGUUUUGGUGUUGCAUUUACGAUUUGGCUUUUAAACCGGAUGGGAGUGAGUUGCUUGUGGCUGCUGAUACGAGGAUUUUAAUCUAUGAUGGAGUUGAUGGCACAUUGUUGCAGUCGCUUAAAGGUCAUAAAGAUCUCGUUUAUUGUGUCACUUGGUCACAUGAUGGAGAGCGUUUCGCGUCGGGAAGUGCCGACAAAUCGGUGAUUCUCUGGACUGAGCAACACGAGGGAACACUUAAAUACAAUCAUGUGGAGGCGAUUCAAUGUCUCUGCUUCUCUCCGAUCACUCAACUUCUCCUCUCGUGCGCUCUCUCGGAUUUUGGAAUCUGGUCAUCGGUUGAGAAAAAUGUAGCCAAGCAGCGAGUGGCCGGCAGAGCAACAGCCGCAGCGUGGAGUUGCGAUGGAAGCCUCUUCGCCAUCGCCACCUUUGAGGGAAAUGUGUUUUUGAAAAAAACGCACAAUGUUUUGAGCAAUGAAACGACUCAACAAGAGCAACACGUGAAAAUCGAGCGACCGGGUGGCGAGCCGAUUUGGGCGAUUGCGUUUAGCCCGCCGAAAAUGGUCGACGAUUCGGGAAAUCGGUUCAGCGAUCAACCAACUGGGGAAAUCCUUUGUGUAACGGAUUGGGCUCGAUCACUCUCAUUCUAUGAUUUAGAGGGAAAUAAGGUGAACACUCGCGAGCGUGAGCUUUCCUAUGAUCCGACGUGUGCCGAGUAUUUCAAUGGGGGACAAUUCCUCGUUGUUGGUGGCUCAAAUAAGCACGUGCUUCUCUAUACGCGAAUGGGAAUAAAUCUCGGAAUCGUUUCUCAAAUGGACACAUGGGUUUGGUCGGUGACCGUGAAACCAAACUCGAACACAAUCGUUGCGGGUUGCGUUGACGGGACUCUCGCUUGUUAUCAAUUAAUGUUCAGCACAGUGCAUGGAUUGCACAAUGAGAGAUACGCUUACCGGGAAAACAUGACCGACGUCGUUGUUCAGCACCUUUCUCGGCACACUCUCGCUAGAAUAAAAUGCUUUGAUCUGGUGAAGAAAGUCGCUAUUUACAAUCAUAAGCUAGCUAUUCAACUUUCCGAUCGUGUCAACAUCUAUAAACAAGUGUCCGGUGAUCGUGGCGGUGAACCGUUAGAGUACAAAUUGGUCGACAAGAUUAGCAAAGCUUUCGAGUGUUCUUUAUUGGUUGUCUGUGCUCGUCAUAUUCUAUUGUGUUCGGAUCGUCGUCUCGAAUGUUUUGAUCAUAAAGGAUUGAGGCAAAGGGAAUGGAUAUUGGAUGCGCAUAUACGAUAUAUUAAAGUAAUUGGUGGUCCACCGGGUCGAGAGACAAUCCUUGUUGGGCUGAAAAAUGGACAGGUCAAUAAACUUUUCGUCGACAAUCCAUUUCCCGUCGAAAUGCUCAAACUAUCGGCGCCUGUUCGAUGCAUUGACAUCUCGUUAAAUAGAAAACAGCUUGCUAUUGUUGAUGAAAAUGGUGUGGCAAUGGUGUUCAACGCGAAGAACAAAGAUCUUAUAUUUCAAGAACCCAACUGUAAUAGCAUUGCUUUCAAUACACAAUAUGAGCAUCUACUAUGUUAUUCAGGCAAUGGUAUCUUGACGCUUCGGGCUGGAACUUUACCAGGAAGCACGCAAAGAAUGAUGGGCUUUGUUGUCGGUUUCUCGGGUAACAAAGUGUUCUGCCUUCACAUGUAUGCAAUGUCUGCUGUUGAAGUCUCUUUUUCCAAUCAUUUACUCCAAUACAUGGAACGCAAAGAUUUCAACACCGCUUACGAGCUUGGCUGUCUCGGAGUGACGAGAGAUGAUUGGGAUAUGCUGGGAAGAGAGUCCUUGUCCUCUCUACAGCUCCAUCUUGCAGCUAAAGCUUUCUCGAAGAAUCGAGAUCUCCGCCAAUUGUCCCUUGUUGCUCAAGUUAUCGCAAUGCAACGUCGCGGUGAUUCAGAUCUUCAAGUGAGAGCUCUCCUUUUGGCUCAUCAAGGAAAGUUCAACGAGUGUGCCCAAUUGUACAAAAGCAAUGGCUAUGAACAAAAAGCCCUCGAACUUUACACGGAUAUGAGAAUGUUUGAAGAUGCACAGGAAGUGAUGGCCACCUCAUCGGGAGAAACCCAGAAAAUGUUGAUGAGGAAAAGAGCCGAUUGGGCAAGGGACAGCAAUGAGCCAAAGAUCGCUGCCGAGAUGUUUAUCGCGUCGGGGGAUUUUGAGAAGGCGAUUCUUUUGAUUCAAGAACACGAUUGGCAUGAUUUAGCCUUAAACGUUGUGCGAAAAAUCGAGCGAACGGAUCAUGACAAUCUGCGAAGAUUGGCCGCGUAUUUUAUUGCGAAGAACGAUUUCGGAGUGGCCAGCAAAAUAUUUCAUGGAAUGAAUGACGUGGCGUCACUCGUCGAGAUGCACGUCUCAGCCAAGCAUUGGACUGAUGCAUUUGCUUUAGCCGAGAGAUAUCCUCGUUUCAUCGAACAGGUUUAUCUACCAUAUGCGAGGUUUUUAGCUGAACAAGAUCGUUUUGAAGAAGCACAACAAGCUUUCCAUAAAGCGGGCAGCGAUACAGAAGCUCUCCGAGUACUCGAGCAACUCACACAAAAUGCCAUCAAUGAAGAUCGUUUCUCGGAUGCCGGCUACUAUUGUUGGAUGCUGGGAUAUCAAUAUUUGGAGAGAGCCACCACAAAUCAAAAUCUUUUACCAAAAGCUUUAAAAGCCCUCGCCGAAGCUGAUGUUUAUUGGGUUUUUGAGUGGAUUCAUCACUUUUGCUCACAGCCAUUCACCCGUCUCCCCGUGAACACUCUCUUAAACGCGGCUCGUUUUCUUUCUCAACAACCUCCACAAAAGAAAGUCUCAAGAGUAAUGAUUUUCUAUACAAUCGCGAAACUAGGGAAAGAAUUGGGAGCCUUCAAGUUGGCGAGAAGCGCUUUGGAUAGACUCACUCAACUCAGAAUUCCGCCAAGAUACGAAAAGCUGGUAGAAGUGGCGACGGUGAAAGUUCGAGCAAAGCCGUUUACUGAUCGAGAUGAUCUGCUACCCGUUUGUUAUAGAUGCGGUCUCACCAAUCCACUCACAGGCGGUCAAAAGUGUGCCCAUUGCUCGGCGACUUUCGUCUACAGUUCUGCCACUUUUGAAAAUCUACCGUUAGUCGAGUUCUCGAUUGAAGAAGGAAUCACUCGCGAUGAAGCCAAAGAAAUGAUUCUCGCUGAGCCGCCAAUCGGAGAACAGCCAUACAAUCCGAUUCAUGGAACGAAAAAGGGAUCAAAUGUGAUUCUGAAUAGAGAGCAAUUGGGACGAUUGGACAAAGGACAUGUUGUGAUUUGCGAGCAGAGAGAUCCCCUCCCGGCUCGUUACUUCUUCAAUGUAAUGCCAACAAUCUCGAUCUCACAAUGCCCAAGUUGUUGGAAGAUGUUUGAGGCGGAUGAAUGGGAAUUAGCUGUCGUCGAGAAAGGCGGAUGUCCGUUUUGUCGUCAAAUUCACUCACCCACAAAUGCUCAUCUCAUCGAUGACAUA